AUGUCGACAAUAAGCUUGGCCCGUUUACAGUUAUACGUGGUAAUCGCACUGUUCCUUGCUAAUGUAUACUGUAUGUAUGUUUACUGGGACACAUGGGCCACGGAGUCGUUGAUGCCUGCUAGUCACCAUGGCAGCGCCCUGGUACCUGAAUAUGAGACGCACUUGUUUUCAGAAAACAGUCAUACCGCGUGGUUCAAAUAUCGCCACAGAAGAAAAAGAUUCAGAAAAAAAUGGAAAAAGUUCUUGAAAAGUGAUUUCAGUUGUCAGAGGCGUUAUACACAGAAGCUUUUGCAAGACUUGGUACCUGGUUUCAACGCGAGUGAUGAGUUAUUUCUAAAUACAAAAUACAAAACAUUUAAAAACUAUGAUCAGACGUUUUCAGAAACACCACCAUACGGCUUUGAUAGAAAGACGAGUGCAGUGGAUUACCUUCUGGACCUACUUUUAUUGUCUGACUAUCCAGACCGAUUCAGGAUGAACAAUGCAAAGACAGUAGGUUACGCCGACGACGUCGGCAGGAAGACGACCUUUCGUUUUAUAUACCCAGAAAGUGCGCUCAUGGACACAAGCCAGUAUAAUCGUGAUUCUGAUAUCGUAUUCAUGUCGUACAAAGAAGACGAUUACUGGUGGCUGGCCUCAGUGCUAAAAAAGAAAAAAAUAAGUGGCUAUUUCUGGAAGGAAAUCCCAAACUCACUGGAUAAACCAGAAUAUCAGAUACGACUGCUAAAUCCAGCUAUACACCAGGAAGCGAGGGACAUACAUUUAUGUUCGAAAAAACGUCCGUCAACAGGGAUCGUGGCUAUGGUGUUCGCGUUUCACUACUGCGAUAUUGUUGAUAUAGCAGGUUAUGGGGAUGAUCCACGAAUGCCGAAUCACUAUUUCUCAGACCCGGUAUUGGAUAAUAUAAGAGUCACCUCGACAACUCAUUGUUGGGACAAUGAAGCAAAAUAUAUCGAGAGAAUGUUGUACUGUGGAGCUAUUCGCAAAGAUCUUACCCGCUACUACACAAACCGACUGAAAAACAGACCACCAUCUAGCAUAAGUUGCCAUGGUACUACCUGGUGCAACUCGCGUUCUUCGUUCAAAAGUUUAGCUGCAUGGUUCCACGAUGUUAUAUAUUGA